CCGAGCGAGCGGGCGGGCGGCGGGUGCGGAGCGGGCGAGCGAGCGAGCGAGCGAGCGCGGCCGCCACAAAGCUCAGGGCGCCGCGGGGUCUGCGCGCGGCGUAGUCGGCCCGGCGCCGCGACUCCUUCCCGGGCUGCCGGGGCCCGGGCGCCCCGAGGCCGCCGCUUUCCUGGGCGCUCCGAGCGUUCGCGAGUCGCGAGCAAAGUUUGGUGGAGGAGACGCCGAGCCGGAGUCCUUUCUUCCUCUCGCUCCCCAAACCCGAGGGCAGCCGGCGGGCGUCAUGCCCGCGCUCCUCCGCAGCCUGGGGUGCGCCUGAAGCCUCGGAGUCUUGGCGCCGGCGCGGACCCGAGGACCACUCUUGUUUGGAGUUUCCCCCCGAGCUCGUCGCUUGCUCCAUCCCAACCCACGCCGGGCGCGGGGACAGACCGGCCGCCGGGCAGCGUUGCCAUUCAAGAGGCUGCAGCAGCUGCAGAAGCAGCAGCAGGACGAGCAGUGGCUGCGGCAGCACCUUGGCUCCUGAGCAUCGCAGGCGGUCCAUGCGCGCAGAGGAGGUGUGCAGAUGGGAGUGACGUCCACAUGCAGAUAUGCAAGAGCUCGGGGGACUGGCACCACCUCACCCAUGGUCAGCUGGGGUCGCUUCCUCUGCCUGGUCGUGGUCACCAUGGCAACCCUGGCCCUGGCCCGGCCCUCCUUCAAUUUAGUGGAGGACACCACGUUAGAGCCGGAAGAGCCGCCAACCAAAUACCAAAUCUCCCAACCUGAAGUUUACGUGGCCGCGCCCGGGGAGUCGCUAGAAUUGCGCUGUCCGUUGAGAGAUGCCACCAUGAUCAGUUGGACUAAGGAUGGGGUACACUUGGGGCCCAACAAUAGGACAGUGCUUAUUGGGGAGUACUUGCAGAUAAAAGGUGCCACGCCUAGAGACUCCGGCCUCUAUGCUUGCACGGCGGCUAGGCCGGUAGACAGCGAGGCUGUCUACUUCAUGGUCAAUGUCACAGAUGCCAUCUCAUCCGGAGAUGAUGAGGACGACACGGAAGGCUCCGAGGAUUUUGUCAGUGAGAACAAUAACAAGAGAGCGCCAUACUGGACUAACACAGAAAAGAUGGAAAAGCGACUGCACGCGGUCCCUGCAGCCAACACAGUCAAGUUUCGCUGUCCAGCUGGGGGGAAUCCAACACCAACUAUGAGGUGGCUGAAAAACGGAAAGGAAUUUAAGCAGGAACAUCGCAUUGGAGGCUAUAAGGUACGGAACCAGCACUGGAGUCUUAUUAUGGAGAGCGUGGUCCCAUCUGACAAAGGCAAUUAUACCUGUGUGGUGGAGAAUGAGUAUGGCUCUAUCAAUCACACGUACCACCUUGAUGUUGUUGAGCGAUCACCACACCGGCCCAUCCUCCAGGCUGGACUGCCUGCCAAUGCCUCCACCGUGGUCGGAGGCGACGUGGAGUUUGUCUGCAAAGUUUACAGCGAUGCCCAGCCCCACAUUCAGUGGAUCAAACACGUGGAAAAGAACGGCAGCAAAUACGGACCCGACGGGCUACCCUACCUCAAGGUUCUGAAGCACUCGGGGAUAAAUAGUUCCAAUGCAGAAGUGCUUGCUCUGUUCAAUGUGACGGAGGCGGAUGCUGGGGAGUAUAUAUGUAAGGUCUCCAAUUAUAUAGGGCAGGCCAACCAGUCUGCCUGGCUCACUGUCCUGCCCAAACAGCAAGCUCCUGUAAGAGAGAAGGAGAUUACGGCUUCCCCAGACUACCUGGAGAUAGCCAUUUACUGCAUAGGGGUCUUCCUAAUUGCCUGUAUGGUGGUGACGGUCAUCCUGUGCCGAAUGAAGACCACGACCAAGAAGCCGGACUUCAGCAGCCAGCCCGCUGUGCACAAGCUGACCAAGCGCAUCCCCUUGCGGAGACAGGUAACAGUUUCUGCCGAGUCCAGCUCCUCCAUGAACUCCAACACCCCGCUGGUGAGGAUAACCACACGCCUCUCCUCAACGGCAGACACCCCCAUGCUGGCAGGGGUCUCCGAGUAUGAACUUCCAGAAGACCCAAAGUGGGAGUUUCCAAGAGAUAAGCUGACGCUGGGCAAACCUCUGGGGGAAGGUUGCUUUGGGCAAGUGGUCAUGGCUGAAGCAGUGGGGAUUGACAAAGAGAAGCCCAAGGAAGCAGUCACCGUGGCAGUGAAGAUGUUGAAAGAUGAUGCCACAGAGAAGGAUCUUUCUGAUCUUGUGUCAGAGAUGGAGAUGAUGAAGAUGAUUGGAAAACACAAAAAUAUCAUAAAUCUCCUUGGAGCCUGCACUCAGGAUGGGCCGCUCUAUGUCAUAGUUGAGUACGCCUCGAAGGGCAACCUCCGGGAAUACCUCCGAGCCCGCAGGCCCCCCGGGAUGGAGUACUCCUAUGACAUUAACCGCGUCCCCGAGGAGCAGAUGACCUUCAAGGACUUGGUGUCCUGCACCUACCAGCUGGCGAGAGGCAUGGAAUACCUGGCUUCCCAGAAAUGCAUUCAUCGAGAUUUAGCCGCCAGAAAUGUUUUGGUAACAGAAAACAAUGUGAUGAAAAUAGCAGACUUUGGACUGGCCAGAGAUAUCAACAAUAUAGACUAUUACAAAAAGACCACAAACGGGCGACUUCCAGUCAAGUGGAUGGCUCCAGAAGCCCUUUUUGAUCGAGUGUACACCCACCAGAGUGACGUUUGGUCCUUCGGGGUGUUAAUGUGGGAGAUCUUCACUUUGGGAGGUUCACCCUACCCAGGGAUUCCGGUGGAGGAACUUUUUAAGCUGCUGAAGGAAGGACACAGGAUGGACAAGCCGGCAAACUGCACCAAUGAACUGUAUAUGAUGAUGAGGGAUUGUUGGCACGCCGUGCCCUCACAGAGGCCGACGUUCAAACAGUUGGUGGAAGACUUGGACCGAAUUCUCACUCUCACCACCAACGAGGAAUACUUGGACCUCAGUCAGCCUCUCGAACAGUAUUCACCUAGUUACCCUGACACAAGGAGUUCUUGUUCUUCAGGAGACGAUUCUGUUUUCUCUCCGGACCCCAUGCCUUACGAACCAUGCCUUCCUCAGUAUCCACAUGUAAACGGCAGUGUUAAAACAUGAACGGGCUUGUCCUUCUGUCCCCAGACAGGACGGCACCGAGAACCUAGCCACGCUGAGCAGGGAGGCCACGCCCCCGGGAGCUUGCUGUCUCCACUUGUAUAUAUGGAUCAGAGGAGUAAAUAAUUAGAAAAGUAAUCGGCACACGUGUAAAGAGUGUAUACAGUUGGAAACUUGUAACCCUCACCAGGAGAAGAAGAAUGUUUCUGGGGCAAUCGACUUGUCCAUGGGCCACCACGCGCCCAUGACCCACUGUGGGUACUGGCUGUGGACCAGUUGGACUCAAGGCAAACGUAUGUUCUGCCUUCCUUGUGAAUUUUGUAAUAAUUGGAGAAAAUAUAUGUCAGCACACACUUACAGAGCACAAUUGCAGUAUAUAGGUGCUGGGUGUAUGUAAAUAUAUUCAAAUUAUGUAUAAAUAUAUAUUAUAUAUUUACAAGGAAUUAUUUUUUGUAUUGAUUUUAAAUGGAUGUCCCAAUGCACCUAGAAAAAUUGGUCUCUUUUUUUAAUAGCUAUUUGCUAAAUAAAUGCUGUUCUUACACAGAAUUUCUUAAUUUUCACCGAGCAGAGGUGGAAGGAUACUUUUGCUUUCAGGGAAAAUGGUAUAACAUUAAUUUAUUAAUGAAUUGGUAAUAUACAAAACAAUUAAUCAUUUAUAGUUUUGUGUUUUUGUUUCUUCGUAAUUUAAGUGGCAUUUCUAUGCAGGCAGCGCAUCGGACUAGUUAAUCUCUUGCUUGGACUUAACUAGUUGUCAGAUUCUCUGACAAGAGAAAUAUUUACCGAAUAUGACUAAUUUGGGGAAAAUGAAGUUUUGAUUUAUUUGUUUAAACUCUGCUGUCAGAUGAUUGUUCUUAAACCACCAAAAUGCCGAUAGUAAGCGAGCCCCAUUAAUAAGAAAGUAUUUUGUUUUGCUGUGCAGCCCUGUCACUGGGCCCGUGGAUCAUGUAACUGGACUUCCCAAGACAAAUGGUACCAGCGCUCUCUUAAAAAGAUGCCUUAAUCCAUCCCUCAAGGAUGGACCUUAGUCGAGCUGAUAGCAGAAUGUACUUCUCUCCGGCAGCUGGACUUCUGCCUGAGUCGCACGUUAAUCAGAUUAGCCUGUAUUCUCUUCGGUGAAUUUUGAUAAUGGCUUCCAGAUUCAUUGGCGUUAGAGCAGCCUUUUAGAGUCUUAACAUCUCAUCGUAGAAAUUGAACAUUGAGUUGUUCUGCUGAUAGUUUGGGGGAUACUUCCAUCUUUUUAAGGGAUUGCUUCCGUCUAGUUCUGGCAGGACCUCGUGGAAAGAUCCAGCCUGAUACCCGUGUCAGACACGAUGUCGCCGUGUUGUUGGUUCUGUAUUCAAGUAUCGUGUUUUGCUUUGGAAACACCUACUCACUUUGCUAUAACCAUGCAACAUGAAUGCAGAUUACACUGAUUCUAUUUGUUACGGAAUUGGAGAAAGUAUUUAAUAAAGCCUGUUAAUUUUUAUACUGACAAUAAAAAUGUUUCUACAGAUAUUAAUGUUAACAAGACAAAAUAAAUGUCACGCAGCUUAUUUUUUUAA